AUGGAUAUUAUAUCAAAUCGGUUUCUUGGUCAGGUGAAACAAAGAGAUCAAACUUGGGAUAUAGAUAUAGGAAAUGAAAUUGCUGACUAUAUUUUAAUGACAAUGGAGUUCGUCGACUUUGAUAUCAGUUGUCAUAGAGAGUCGUCUUUAAAACUUAGCAAUGAAUUCGGCGAGGCAUAUGCGUAUUGCAAUGGUAACAGACCUUUUGGUAAGAUAAGGUAUCUAGCUGGAAAAUACACAGUUACUUUUGUAUCCAACCAGCUGCUGUCUGCACUGGAUGAUUUGUUUCGUGAAGGUUUUCACUUGUCGUACAGAUUUGUCCCACAGUACGAGACUUUGCCAAACAGUUUACACGUAUCGUCAGAAUAUUUUAGUGGUACAACGGUUAAAGUUCGAGUUUGUGUAGGUGGACUUCAUAAAUGCUUUUUGAUACAAGUGGUGAGGGGAUACUCCUGGGAAUCGGUAUACCUGAUGUGCAAAGAAGAAGGAAUGACAAUGGUCAAUAUGAAAACCAUGGAUGAAAUGGUCAUAUUAAAGUCGGUUCUUUUAAUGAUUAAUCGACAAAGAAAUACCUAUAAUAUACCAAAGGAAAUUUUCAUAGGGUUAUUACGCUAUGUGGAUUCGUCAGGUGCUAUGCAUGAACAUUGGAGCGAUGGAUCACCCUUGUCGUACACCGCUUGGGAUGAAGGCGAACCAACAGAUAUGACUUUAAAACAGUGUACAAAAAUGGAUUUUCAAAGACCAUCCGUUAAUAACACUUGGAAAACACUCUCGUGUUAUUUGAAGCAGCUGGAAGUAUUAGCCGUAUGUGAACAAGUAGACACUGGUUAUGGUGUUUCAAAGCAUAAGAAAAGGCACUCGAUAAACUUAAAUGUAGAAAACGCUGUAUUUGAUCAAAGAUAUCUUUCCACUAUCUUCAAAUGUUUAAGUGGAGAGUGGAUAUCUAGUUUGGCAAGGUGUAAUAACAUAGCAGAAUGUCUGGACUCUUCCGACGAGUUAAACUGUGGAAAUACAGAAGAUAUGUCUUGUACGGAUGACGAAUUCAAGUGCUCUGAUGGGCGAUGUAUACAUAUAAGUCUAGUUUGUGAUUUUAAAGCGGAUUGCGUAGAUGCUGCCGACGAAUUUUGUGAACAUCCAGCCUGUGCCGAAGACUCUUGUGACAAUGGACAGUGCAUUCAAAACCAUGAAAGAUGUAAUGCAAUUCAAGAUUGCCUUGAUGGAAGUGACGAAGCAAAUUGCGAGGCAUGCAGUGCUGUAGGAACAUUCCAAUGUCUGGACAGAUCUUGUAUACCUUCUUAUCUAGUGUGCGACAUGGUUCAUGACUGCGAUGAUGGUGCUGAUGAAAUAUCAUGUGAUCAUAAUUACACAACUUGCGAAAGUUUGCUCAAGAAUGGGAUAAGACAAAGUGGAUAUUUUCAGAUAAAUAAAGAAUAUUUUAUCCAUUGCGAUUUUGAUAAUAUCACCAAAGGUGGCAAUUGGGUACAGAUGUCACUUCCAACUAUAGACUGGAAACAGUUAACUAGUGACAGUCUGAGCGUUUCUACUGCGGGCUUAACCAUUCCUGUUGAAAAUGAGUUCCAUUGCAGUCAAAAGAUUGGAAUAUACCCUCAAAGAGAAGAGGAGCAAGGCAUGCGGCUUGAUGGAAAAGAUGUCCCUAUGGACAAUAUUACACAUACUUUUCUCCCCCUUGCGAAAUCAAUACGAAGUUAUUAUUAUUUCGAAAGAAGUGUGUCAGUGAACUACACAACAGUUGAUAUAAGGAAUAGUAAAAACAUGAAAGCAUCUAAUGCUUGAGUAAAAGUUUGGAAUGCUGAAUGCAAGAAAUGCAAG